CCCAUCCGAUUACUUGUAGAGAAAGAAGAGAAUCCUUUACCAAAAUCGAAAGGUGAGAUCAAACAAUGGAUCCAAAGCUAACUGAAGUUUCACAGAUAUUCGAACGAUUCAAAGCUGCUUUUGUGCGUAACGAUUUCGAUACUUGCACUAGGUUACUCUCUCAACUCAAGGUUCUGUUGACCGUAUUCAAGAGCCUGCCUCCUCUAUUCCAAGAAACAUCUAAUGCCAUCCAUGAGUUGACAAUUGCAAGAGAUAUCUAUGAGCAUGCAGUUGUUUUAUCUGUGAAGAUGGAGGACCAGGAUGCUUUUGAGAGGGACUUCUUUCAGCUAAAACCUUAUUAUACAGAUGCACGCGGCCGUCUUCCACCUUCCCCGCAGGAAUACCCUAUCUUAGGUCUCAACCUUCUGAGACUCCUUGUUCAGAACAGGAUUGCUGAAUUCCACACCGAACUUGAGUUACUUUCUCAAAGUGCUUUGGAUAACCCAUGUAUAAAGCAUGCUGUUGAAUUAGAGCAAUCCUUCAUGGAAGGGGCCUACCACCGGGUGUUGAGUGCACGACAGACUGUGCCUGAUGCAACCUAUGCUUAUUUCAUGGAUCUGCUUGCAAAGACUGUGAGGGAUGAGAUAGCUGGAUGCAGUGAGAAGGCUUAUGACCGUCUUUCAACUAGUGAUGCUCGGCAAAUGUUGCUGUUCUCAUCUGAUCAAGAACUUCUUCAAUAUGUUGAGGAGGAGCAUCCCGAGUGGGAGAUCAAAGACGGGUUUAUCAUCUUCCAAAAUGUAAAGGAUUCAGUGCCUUGCAAGGAAAUACCAUCCCUUCAGCUCAUCACUCAAACACUCAGCUACGCAAGGGAGUUGGAGCGUAUUGUCUGAGCGAUAUGCCACUCAGUGCCCCUUUUGUUAUUUCAACAUAUACUGAAUUUUCAGUAGUUGAACUUCUAUGUCGCUUUGAUUGAAUUGUUAUUCCUUUAACCGCCAUUACGAAUUAAUGAUGAUGAAGAGGAUGUGUUACCGGACUAGUAUCUGUAUCUUAACUAUUUGGUCUGAGGUAGACCUUUUGGUUUUGGUGUUUAAUCUUAAUUUAAAUCUCA